AUGAACCAGUUAAAACGGAUGCAGCAAAAAGCUGCUCUGUGGAUUACGGGUGCUUUCUGCACCUCCCCCACCGGCGGUCUUGAGGCUCUAGCGGGUCUCAUCCCUGUCCACCUUAUGCUGAAGAAGCUGGCAACGCGUGCAGUGUAUCGCAUCGCCACCCUCUCGGACACCCACCCUCUUUGCUCCAUGAUGGGUGAGGGGCUUCUCAAACAGGCUGCACCACAUGCUCGCUCAGCCGCCUUGAUGACCCCAGCCAUGCGAGGGAAAGUCAAGAGCACUGUCAUGGAGGUGGACGAGCGCGUCCACACCUUAACUGAGAGCUUUGAGCCCUUUGCGCCCAAAGCUCGCCCAGGCGAUCAGUUACUGGACCGCUAUGCAGACCGUCUCCACUUUGACGAGCGCGAUCCUACUCAGGAUAGGCGCCCUUAUCUCGACCAGCUCAUCGCGAAAGCGAGGGCCAACCCACUAACAGUACUGGCUGCAACUGAUGGCUCUGUCCCUCAGUCCAACCAGUAUCAGGCGACUUCGGCUGCCAUCCUCUACAAGGGACAUGGUGAGCUUGAAAGGACUUGUUAUGUCUCUGGCAGGGUUACUGCCCCAGAUGCGGAACUCAAUGCCAUCUUGUGCGCAGUGCGCCUGGCUGUUAAGCAGGCAAACUGCCAACAUAUUAUGGUCUUUACUGACUCCAUGGGCUCGGCCCAUAGAGCGAUCGACCCUGGCGUGCACUCUGGUCAGGCUUUUAGCUUGUCAGUUUGUCGCGCUCUCCAAGAGUGGUUUGAGGCGGAUGAUCUCCGCCGCGUUACCUUCGUCUACGUCCCAUCCGCUUUGUGGUGGGACAUCCAUGGUGAGGCACACAAGUACGUCACCGAACUUAAAGUCAGGGUUGGACGUCGCAAGACGGACAACUCUAUAGGCGCGCUACGCUCCUGA